AUGUGGAGUGAAUCGUUGAACGCUGAUUAUCAAAAUCAAAUCAACAAGAAGUACAUAGCAGGUGCAAUGAACUCUUUUUGUUCUUCUAUCAAUCGUUUGAUCGUUGAUGAGAAUAAAGUUGGUGAUACUUUCAUUUUGGUGUUCAAGGAUGAAAUUGGUAUACGAAAACUCGCUCAUCAUGCUAUACUUAUUGAUGUAGCCGGUGCAAGUGAUGAAAUUUAUCUUAAGGGCAUUCUAUUACAUUUGACAUCUGAUCAAGCAACUCGUAAAAGUAAAUUUCGAUAUGGUGACAAACGAAGAGCACGAACUGACUUCUAUGAAGUUGACUAUAUUGGUUAA